GAGGGGACUGAUACACAGCACGUCUGGUGGGCCGUUCGCUAUCCUGAAACCAUCGGUAUGAGCUCCGCCGCUGUCCGGGCGCUGCUGCUGUUCGCGGCUCUGAUCGUCUACGGGGUGGCAGCUGCACCAUUUUUGGCUGAAGAAGAAGCACAUAAUUUCAUCCGAAACAAACGACAGGCUGGGUACUGGGACCCAAACCAUCCCAAUAAUGUAUGGGGCAUUACUGCUGCUGAGCAAGCAAGUGAAUACUGGACAUCCCUGAGAAAUACAGCACAGUACAAUAUAGAUUUGGGUUCUUUUGCUUUCGCUGGUGAUCCAUCUGCUGCAGAGGAUCACAUCAGGGCCUACAUGGAUUACCUGAGACAGAUGAGCACUUACCUUCAGCCUCAUCACCCACGCAAGUGAAGGAAAACAAAGAGAACAGAAAGACAUUAUUUUGAAAUGAAUUUAAAAAGGACAAUGAUGUCUCAUACUAAUCAAUUGUUGUACUGUAAUCUGCAGCAACAAAAGUUGUAAUGAUAGCUCACUGAAUUCCAACUGUACCAAAAUCUAUCCUGAGAAAGGGCCAGGUUUCAAAUAGUCUUGGAGAAAGUUGAGCAAUAAAAUAUUAAACAUUU